GUCCAGCUGAGAACGUCUCCAUCUGAUCUGGUCUGUAGCCCCGCCCCCGCUCUGUAUUUAUGGUUAUUGCAGCAGCCGCAGUCGGUCAGUAGUGUAAGAUCCUCAGCGCACUGACGCACGCACUCUCUCACCGCAGACCGGACCAGCAUGACCGAGACUCAGCCCGAACCCACUCCAGACGCCGCGGAGGUGAAGCAGGAGAACGGCGACUGUAAAGCCUCCGCGCGCGAGGAGAAGGCGCCGCGGGAGUUCGAGCCCCCGGAGGGCGGCUGGGGGUGGGUGGUGAUGCUGGCCUCGAUGUGGUGCAACGGCUCGGUGUUCGGCAUCCAGAACGCGUUCGGCAUCUUGUUCGUGUCUCUGCUGAACGAGUUCGGCUCCGAGUCAGACGAAGACCUGCGCUUCAAAACAGACUCGGCUGUCUUCAGUCCCUCAUUAAACGUUUCCUGUGUAAUGCUGGCGGAGGAUUGCGUCAUGUCCAGCUGUCCAUGCACACAUCAACACGGCUCUGUCGGCUCAUGCCAGCGGCGCUCAGAGGUCAGUCUCCAGUCUGCCAUCCGUCACUCCAUCAACCACAAGAGCAAACGCAGCUGA